AGUCCAAAGGACCCCAGCAAAGACACCAGGACCCCAACAUAUCCCCCAGGACACCAACAGAGCCCCCAGGAUUCCAGACACCAACAGAGCCCCAAGAACACAACAGAGCGCCCAGGACGCCAGCAAAGACCCCAGGACCUCAACAGAGCCUCCAGGACUCCAGAGAAGAGUCCAGGACAUCAACAGAGACCCCAGGACCCCAACAGAGCCCCCAAGACACCAGCAAAGACCCAAGGACCCUAA